AUGACGCCUUCCUACUGUGUUUAUCGCGGGGGUCUCACGUGGCCUGCAGCUCGAGGUGCGCGCCUGCUACGUUUCUUGACUAGUAGUCAAGAAAAAAAAGAUGAAUCAGAAGCCAAUAUUUCAAGUGAAGACUUCCCUUAUGACCUGGAACUCUGCGUUCCAACAGCUGGUCAUGUAGCUUUGGUACUGGUGCAGAAGGCCGCAGAAACUCAAAUUCACUCCGCGAUGACUCGUCAAUCUAAUAAUGUUGCACGUGUUGUCUACGUGCUCGAUGCAAUACCCCCUUCAAGACGAGGUCCACGGGAUGAGACAUCACAGACAAGGAAUUUGAAGACUCCUGGAGGACAAUUUCUUUCCCAUCCCGUAGACGAAAUCGAGCUACUUCGAGAGCUCUUUGCACCUCAGAAACGAGCUACAGGUGGCAAAGAAGGUAGUGUGGUUGUCAAGCCUCCCGUACUUUGUGCCAGAUUUGAUUGCCAAGUGAUAUCUAUCCAAUUUAUCCGCGGGAGAAGCGGUCUACAGCCGAUCCUAACGGGUCAAAAAGAUUCAUCUUCGUGUUUUCGUGCGUCUAGCCUUGCUGCAGCAACGCCGUUACGGUGUGUCGUGGCCAGAGAAGAUGGCAUGGCGUUUUUAUGGGAGUGGCAAGCGGAUCUAUUUCAGUGGAUUUUUCUCAAUCGUUUAUGCUUCUUAGAAAACCCAAAUCUUAAGUGGACCAAGCCGGUAGCUGCCUUUACAACGACCGACUUGCCGUUGAGCAUUCAAACGCCUGGACCGAGUGAAAGUACAUCUGGAGUCGGGUUCAGUGGUGCAACGGAAUUUGUGUGGUGGUCUACUGCUACCAAACACGAGCCGAAAUUAAAGCUUCGCCGUCUACGCUUUGAACGUGCAACAGAUGCCUUGCGAGCAACGGAUGUCAUUGUUGGGAGUGCAUUUACCCCUCAGCCCUCAUGUAGCGAUAUUGUCAAGCUAUUUAGCUCCAAACUCGGUCUAUUUGCAGUCUCUCGAACACAAGGUAUUUUUUUUCGAAGCUCGACCGCGUCUCUGCAGACUGUUAGCUUGAGUUGGCGUAUGAUCUUUUCAUUGAAUGAGAAAGCCGUGAUCCCAGCCAUGUCAAAAAUGGCACUGUGCCUCCAUACGAUAACUGGGGAACUCAUGAUUGUACUCCUUGAAACACGGGAUGUUUACCUUGUGACGUCAGAGUACAGUGACAAGUUGUCUAACGAAGCGAGCAAAGGUACAAGUGGACCGUACUGUUUACUAUCCGCACGAAAAUUAGCUACUUUGACAUAUCCGCAGUCUAGAAACGAUUUUGGGGAUCAGGAAGAUGAAGUUGUCGAAAUUGCAGCACAUCGCCACAUUUUUUUACUAUUGACCUCUCAAUUUAUCCACAUUUACACCCUUGUUUCGGGAACUUUACUAGAAAGUAUUAGCUUGCUGAAUACAGAUCUUGGUGGCGUAACGUUUUGGACUACUUCAGGCGCUUCAAGCUCAGUAGGGCUAUGGAAUUCUAGUGGAUUCUGGACUAUUCGUGUACCUCAAGCAAAGGCAAUUGCUGCAGCUCUACAUCGUUCACAUCUCACUAAUCAGAAUGAGUCGCAUGAACAAAAUCCCGAAGCAGCUUUUCUUGCUAUGAAAGAUUAUAGCACAGGUGAGUUGCGUUUAGAAGCCGUGCGUUACGCACUUGAAGUGCUGGAACGCGUGACUCGAUCGGCUAUGGAUCCAUCUCGAAGCCUGCCAAAAGCGUGGGAAGCUGUUUGGAACACAGUAUCGAAUCCAUCCUUCCUCUUGGCACUGCUUGGCAAUAGAGCAACAUCUGAGAACAUUGUUAGUGAGUUAACGCAGCUCGUCACUGCAAUCUACAAGACAGCAAGUGGAAUUCUUUCUUGCGGCCGAUUAGAUGGGGCAGGUGCUCCAAAUCACGAAGGUUAUUUGCUUCGACUGACACCCGCUAAUCUCGAAUCACUCCAUCAUCUCUCGAACUGGAUUGUUCUCGCCAAAAGAAAGCUAGCUCGUUUGGAAUCAAACAGCUGUACUCACGAAAGUAAACCAACAUCUGCUGACAGAUCUCGCAAGUGGCCAAUUCGAGCAGCGAGUGACCUCACGAUCGUGCUUGCUAAUGAAGACGAUUUGUCAGCAUCAUCAGAAAUACGAAAUUUACAACGAAAAGACUCCGUUAUCGAUCCUGAAGAUGCGUAUAAUUUUCGUCUUAGUCGAAAAUUACGCCCCAUGAGCAGCUUACGAUUUGCUGCUGGUUGUAGCACCAGCUCGCAGCAGCAAGGACGACAAUGGUUGACACAACUUGAGUCAUUUCUCUUGGAUGGUGUAGCAUUUAAAUCACGAAAAAAUGGUGGUGCACAUUUAAAGCACAAAACGAACGCAAUGCCCAGCCAUCGGCUCUUCCAUAAUGAGCGAACGUUGACGGACUUUCGCCAUGUUACGGCUUCAUCCUUUUCAAAGCACAUGUAUCUGGAGUCAAUGAGCCGCUUGUAUUUGCUGUAUGAACCCGAGUCGCUGCUUCCACUUAUUCGGUGCAUCGACCGUUUCUGUCCUCGAAUUUAUUCAUUGUCGGGGCACCAACCUACGGUUCGAUCCAACGCAGAGCGAGCGAUGACCCUAUUUCCUCCGCUUGUAGAUUUGACUACUAAAGCGCUUCAAAACACAGAUAGCACGGUCGGACAAGCAGCAAAAGCCUCGCUAUUGGCUUAUGUGGAGCUCUUAAGCUACUGUGGGCACUACAUGGAAGCGUGCAAAGCGUUGUUGCAGUGUCACCUGUACAAAGAGAGUAAGGAGAAAUUUUUGCUGCUGUUAAAAGGGCCCUUAAAUGCACAGAAUGUUAGUGCGGACGAGCAAGAAGACGACGCUUGGCUACGAGCUUCAACAUCAAGCUCACUCUACUUUUUGUUGUUGAAAUAUUGCAUGACACAUUGUGAUGUCACGGAACUAAAAGAAUUAUUGAUGCUCAAGCCCGCUCAUGUGGAUAUAUUACUCGUCCUUCGAGCUCUUCAAGUUGCGUUUUCGUCUAAGGAAAAUAAGGAAAGUAAAAAGUGCGCCACUGGUAUAACUGUUGGCGACCUGCGGUCAGUUCUUGCUGCCUUGAUGCAGCAGCGACGUGUUGGGUAA